AUGAGCCGCCGCCCGUUGGGAGUGACAGAUGAGAUAGCCUUGCAUAAGCGGGUGGCACUUGUCGAAAGGGAUUUCCUGGAAGAUGUCAGGGAGAGCAUAGCGCAGCUCGGCGAUCUCGCACAGACAUAUGCUGCUUCCGUCAUAGAAGAUAUUCGCUCCACAUAUACAGACUACUCUGAAGAACUAGACACCAUCAAGGACGCCCUCUCGGACAUCGUCCCUCUGGCCGCGCAAUUCAAAGCUAACAUCGGGGCUAUAAGCGAAAACAACGGGAGCAUCUUUGAUAACAUCUCCGAGAGCGUGAACAAAGUCUACGCUGGACUUGCUGAGAAGCUCGUAGCCGCGUUCCCGCCGCCAAAUCACGCAUCAGGCCAUGCCGCACGACAGGAGCUGUUCAAUAUGAUCCUAUCUGAAGCAGAAGAUGCUAUCAUCCUCGUCGUGAUCGUCGUGACGAUCGGAGACAUUGCUGAGCAGCAUCCAGAACUGCUCCCUAUCCUCGUAGUCACUGCGAUUACCAUGCUCAUCCCGGAGGAAUGGAUUUUAGACCCUCUGAUUCAGCUGUUCGGCAUUGGCCCUAGCGGCCCAGAGAAAGGCUCGAUCGCGGCGUGGGCUCAGCGUACCUUCUUCGGAGCCGAGGUGAAGGCCGGAAGCUGGGCGUUCUAG